UCAGAACUAUAAGCUCAGCAUUGCAUUGCUGUCGAAAAUGGCGUCUGGUUCGGAGCUGCCAGAAUAUUCGUCCUCGGUAAAGCGUCGGAAAAUCGAGGGUCAAGUUUACGGAGUUUCUGUACCUUCAGAUCUCGAUUUUUCCGAGACUAAACCAACUCGUCAAUCACCACGCACUGAUUUAGAAGAACCACUUAGUGGAGAUAGCGGAUUCACUGAAUUAAGUGAGGGAUCUAAAUCAAUGUCUACUACUCCAGAUCUAAUGCACUUAACACCAUCUCGAACCGAUUCAACAAGUGACGAUACUGGAUGCCCACUCGAUACAGCAGAUGAAAAGGAUGAAGUAUCAUCAACUGUUUCAAAUCUAUCAGAUUUGUCUGGGUUAUCUGACCUCUCUGAGGAUUCCGGUCAUCUGUGGCGAAACGCAUCCUCGUGGGUGCAGAAACAAAUGAUUACCGGAACUAAUCCACGUGAAUUACUUCAGCAUUUAUUGAUGGAUCCUACACAAAUUCCAGAGCAAGUUGAUGACAUAACAUUGUGGAAACUUGUAUUGAAUAUCAUGUCGGAUCCACCUCGAAGACAUAAGCUUGAACAUAUUAAUACGCUAGCAGAUGUUGUAAGACUUAUUAAAAAUAGUAAAAAAAUAAUCGUAUUAACCGGUGCUGGUGUAAGCGUAAGCUGUGGAAUUCCAGAUUUCAGAAGUAGAGAUGGAAUAUAUUCAAGACUUGCUCAGGACUUUCCUGAUUUACCUGACCCGCAAGCAAUGUUCGACAUUAAUUAUUUUGGUCAGGAUCCACGACCAUUUUUCAAAUUUGCGCGUGAAAUUUAUCCAGGGCAAUUCAAACCAAGUCCCUGUCAUCGAUUUAUAAAAAUGCUUGAAAAAAAGAAAAAAUUACUGAGAAAUUAUUCUCAGAAUAUUGACACAUUGGAGCAAGUUGCAGGAAUAGAAAACGUGAUUGAAUGUCAUGGAUCUUUCGCUACAGCGUCAUGUACUAAAUGCAAGUAUCAAGUCACAGCAGAAGAUAUCAGAGCAGACAUUUUUGCCCAAAGAAUUCCUCUAUGUCCUAAGUGUUUUACGAAUUCUUUGCCAUCACUGUCAAGUACUAAUACCAAUGAUAACUAUUCAAAUUUUGUUUCACAAGGAAUAAUGAAACCAGAUAUUGUAUUUUUUGGAGAAGGUCUACCAGAUGCUUUUCAUGAUGCAAUUGCUAAUGAUAAAGAUGAAUGUGAUCUUUUAAUAGUAAUUGGUUCAUCAUUAAAAGUUCGACCAGUUGCAUUAAUUCCGUCCUCAAUUCCAUCGCACGUUCCACAGAUACUCAUUAAUCGAGAAUCUUUGCCACAUUUAAAGUUUGAUAUUGAACUUCUUGGAGAUGGAGAUAUCAUAAUAAACCAAUUAUGUCACUUAAUUGGCGAUGAGUUUGAGGAAAUUUGUUGGAAAAAAGAAAUUUUAGAAGAGACACCACAUCUGCUGCCUCCACGAUUUAUUACCGAUGAUUCUUGGGAACGAAGUCAAGAUUCAACUAUUAAUCAAGAACUUUCGCAAGACAGUACAGAAGUUGUUCUCAAGACUUAUCACAAUGUUUCGACGGAAAGCCAGGACAGUUUAAUGAUAAACUCAAACACCACCCCCAAGAGACUAGAGAACACAGAUAUUUGCAUAUCUCCGUUUCAUGCUGGUCAUAUGGAAGCCGCUGAAGAAAGUUUUGCGUUGCUUGGCGAAAGUCCAAAAAGACCAUUAGGUGAUUCCAGUAUAGAAAGUAGUCCUAAACGAAUUAAUUUGGAUGUAAGGACGUCACCACAAUCAUCCUCUGGAUCUACAUCGAGAUCAUUGGAUGAUUCAGAAGAAAUUAGUUACUCAGCAUCUCGGUACAAUCGAGUAAUUUCAGUAGAAUCAACUUCUGAAAAUAAUGGUCAUAUUUACAAUCUUGAAGAAUGUCAUGUUGUACCAAGAAUAAUCAACGACUCGCAAAGAUACCCAAUGAACUCUUCGGAUGACUCGAUUGAUAAUAAUCGAUCGAAUAAUUCCAACACCACUGCAGACGUUGAUUCUUCAAACGAUUCGGAGGAAUUACUGGAUUCUAAUGAAUCAAAUGGUAAACCCCGACAUAUUUCAAUUGAUUCUGCUAUUGAUUCAGGGCUAGGCGACAGUUGUAAUAGCGUCGAUAGUUCUGAUGAAAAAGGUACCACUUAUCAAGAAGACUCCAAACGACACAACUUGCAAAGACAUUGUUGGCAGUCUGAAGUUAAAGAAAGUUUGGCCAGCCGACUACCAGAGAAUACGUAUUAUCAGGUUUCUUCAGGAAAAUACAUCUUCACAGGGGCUGAAAUUUAUAUUGAACCCGAUGAUUAUGAACAAUUAUCAUCGUCGUCAUCAAGAUCUCCAACGAUGUCAACCAUGAUCCGCCCGGAAUCGGAAUACAGAUCCACAUAAAACAGAUUGAAAGUUUAUGAAAAACUUUUGUCAAUAAUAAUCAUUUAAAAAAAUAAACGAGGAACUGAUGACAAUGAAAUUAGAUAACCGAAAGUUACGGAAUUGUGCAAUUAAACCCUACUAAGAAGCUCGUGAAAAGGUAUUGCAAAUUAAAUUCUACAAUUAACAUAAAAGACAGAGUUUGGAAGACAUUAAAUAUCGAUACUGUAGUUUAAAUUAAACAUUUUAUUUUAUUGUUGGUAAGGUUUUUUUAUUAUUAUUAUUAUUAUCAUUGUUAUUAUUAUUAUUACAAAGACUUAGUUGUCCAUGAUAAUAUCAACAGUAAAAAUAAUUUUCUUACACACUGUCAACUAUUAAUACAUCAAUUUCAGAAAAAUUUAUAAAUUUUUAGUAUGAGAAACUUUUAAAACUUUUCUUUUGUGUGAUGUCUUCCAAUGAAUAAUAUGUAUACCAUUUCAUCUAGUUUCUAUGUCAAAAUAAGUUUUAAUAUACCUGAUGGAAUAUUCGGGAUUUAUAGAUCAAAGGAAAAGGAAGUAAUAAUUAAUUAAAAAUAUUGUAUCAUUGGACAUGAGAAGUGAGUAAAAAAAGUAGCUAAUAAUACUAAUUUGCUCACUAUUCAUUUAUCCAUAUUCUUGUACAUAAUAAUUUUGUAAUAACGUUACGAUUAAUCAUAAGUCUAUUUGAUAAGAGAUGGAUAACUUUUACAAAAAUUUUAGUUGAAUGACUGUAAAUAUUGGCAGAUUAUUGAAAUGUCUGUCGUGGCGUUUGAUCGGUUGAAAUUAUUACUAAUCAUUAUGUUUUAUACUAAAUUUCAUCACUCAUUAUUAACACUAUAUAUUCAAAUGAAUAAUUUUUCAUUAUUUGAAUAUGCAUCAACCAUCAAAAAUCACUAUUUAUAAAUGAACAAAUUUCAUGUUUGUGAUGAUUAUUUUGAAUAAUAAAAAUUAAAAUUUCAUAAUUAUUUCGAGCGGAAAUGUAAUUUAGAAAACUAAUUUAUUAUAGAAAUUUAAACUAUAAAUAGAAAAAAAAAUUAGAUAUCUUUAUGUUUAAAAUAAAAAAAUUAAACCAAAUCACUAAUUGAUUCAAUCGAUCUUUCGCCAUUUUUUUCGAUCUCAAUUUCAUUAUUAUUAAUUAAAUUAAAAGAAUUAUAAAUUAAUAUGAUUAACAAAAAAGGACUUAAUACUUAUAAAAAUAAAUUAUUUUUGACUAUGUUUUAUAAACAACAUGUUAUUUAAAAAAAAAAAGGUAACUGCUAAUAAUUUGAAUUCCAUAAUAAUUUGUACAAUCAAUUAAUGUGUAGGAACAUGAAUCGAGGCUUAAAUAUAAAACAAGAAUACUUUUAAAUAAUCCAUUGACUUUAAUUAUAUUUAAUUGGUUUCAUCUAUCUCAGUUUUAUUGGAGCACAGGAGAAUGUACAAAGCAACGCUGGAUAACUUUGCAUUGCGUGUUAUUUUUAUAUGAUGGGAAGGUAUUAGAUUUAAUAAAAAUAUGUAAAAGAAAUGGAUGCAUCUUUAGUAUGUAAUGUGCGACGUAUUAGAUAAAAAAAAUCGUAAACUAUAAAUAAUUUAUGAAUAAUAUAAAUAUACUUCUUUCGGUAUAGCAGUUUAUUUGUAUGAACUAAUAAGGUUGUGUGAAUGUUUAUUGAGAAUAAACAAUCUAAUAUAAUAGUUCGAUUUAGAUAAAAUUUAAACAAAACAUACUACUAUGUAUUCAAAAGAGAAACUUAGUAAAUAAAAAAAUGAAUAAUGAUAAGGAUACGAUAUUAUUAGGGUUAGUAAUAAUAAAAAUAAAUAGAUGAAAAAUAAGAAAAAAAAUUUAACGUAAUAGUCUUAUUUGUAGAAUGCA